GCUCCCCUGCUGGGGCAGUAGGCCGGCCUCUCUUCGCGGUCGGUAGGUAAAGUGCCGGCGGCGGAGGGUCACCAGCCGCGCGGCGUUGGCUGGGGCGUUGGGGUCGUUGUGUCUUGACAGCGACGCUGGUAGUCUUUUCUACGACAGCGGGAGCGGCCGCGUUAGCCCUAAACGGGCUUCGCGGCUGUCUGGCGAGUCUCUGCUAGCGCCCGACCUUCUCUUCCCGGACCCUACGCCAGCAGCGACCCUGAGCCGACACCCGGAAAGACCGGUAAUGGCGGCCUCGACGGCCUCGCACCGGCCCAUCAAGGGGAUCCUGAAGAACAAGACGUCUACGACUUCAUCGGUGGUGGCCUCGGCCGAGCAGCCCCACCGGAGCGUUGAAGAGGAGCUGAGUAAAAAAUCCCAGAAGUGGGAUGAAAUGAACAUCUUGGCAACAUAUCAUCCAGCAGACAAAGACUAUGGUUUAAUGAAAAUAGAUGAACCAAGCACUCCUUACCACAGUAUGAUAGGUGAGGAUGAAGAUGCAUAUAGUGAUUCAGAAACCACUGAAGCUAUGUCUCCAGAUGUCUUAGCUAAGAAAUUAUCUGCUGCUGAAGGCUCAGAACCAAAGUAUCAGUCUCGGGAACACGAAAGCAGUGGAGAGGAGGAUAGUGAACUCACACCUGAAGAACAAGAAAAAAAGCGACAAUUUGAAAUGAAGAGGAAGCUUCACUACAAUGAAGGACUGAAUAUUAAAUUAGCUAGACAACUAAUUUCAAAAGAUCUACAUGACGAUGAAGAUGAAGAAAUGUUAGAGACUGCAGAUGGAGAAAGCAUGAAUAUUGAAGAAUCAAAUCAAGGAUCUACUACAAAUGACCAACAGCAAAACAAAUCACAAAAUUCAUAGAAGAGAUUUGUUCAACAUUGCAGUUGUUUGUCAAAUACAAACCCUUUUACUAUAAUACACUGCUUCUUGUUCUCCACAACUCAUGACUUAAGUACCAAAAUGCAUACCAGUUAUUAUAUAUUGCCAAGAAUUAAAUAACCUUAGAGACUGAUUAGACUGAAAAUGCCUAAUUAAUGCAUAUAUUCUUGUGCCUCGUACUUCACCACAAAUACAGUGUAAUGUCAUCAGUCCUAAACUGCUUUAGUUUUGUAAGAACACUAGUUAAUUUGUAUAAGAUAUUGUAGAGCUUUUUAUGCUUUAGAGGUUAAACAGCGUCUUUGGGGGGAGAGGGUGACUAAUUUAUUUUCAUCACUACUAGAUGUGAUACCUCUUAUAAAAAGUUUGUUGGGUUUUUUGUUUAUUUUUAACAAAAGUUGAUUGGAACAAGAAGAUAUAUAGGUUGAUAUAUAUUCAGGCUGAAAGAUAUUUUAACAGUUGUCUUCAACUUGAUUUUUCUGUUUGAGAAAGUUUAUAAGUAUUAUUGAUGCAUAUUCUGGCCUACUCUCUUUAAAAUUCCUGUUGAGUUUCUUUGUGUUUACAAGGAAAAGAUUGAAUUUUUUCUCCUCAGAACUAGCUUUUUUUGACAAAUAAACUAUCAGGUUAAACUUGCACUAAUGUCUGCUCUAACUGCUUGUUUUGGUACACUAAGCAGACCAGAUCAGUUUUUUUUUUUUUUUUCCAAUAAAUAUAAUUAUAGUCAUCAGUAUUCCCUUUACAUAUCUGUCUUAAAUUUCUGCUUUCGUUUUCUCCUCCUUUCUACACAUACGCAUACGAUUGUAAGGAUCACAGAGUUGCUACAAUAAUGACAUUCUUAUUUUGGCCAUUAGUGUUUAAUAGUUCUUCUGAUAGAUGAAGAUCAGUUGAGUAGCAACAAUACUAUAGGCAGGAAAUAAAAUUCAACUGCUCAGUUUCUACACCUCUCUUAUUUAUAGUGUGGUAAUUAAAUUGCUAUUAUUAGUUCAUUUGACUUAAUUAGACGUUAGAAAACAAUUGAGGCUUUUUUGCAUGAUGAGAGAAUUGUAUGUAACCAGUGAUAUAAUUGUUCCUGAAUGUACAGACAGAAUUAAGCCUGAACAUUUUUUAUUUAAAAAAUUUUAAAUAGUUCCUGAUUUAAGGGAAUAUGAUAAUGUAUACUAUGAUAAAUGUACUUUAUUCUUCUAACACAGUAGGAAUUAUUUGGUUUUUGUUUGGUUCUGAAAUGAAGUGCAGUUCUUGUGUAUCUUGAUUUAGUGAUGGUUUCAUUUCUAGUCAAUUAUUUAUAUCUUAAUUUUUUGUUAGUACCAAAAGAAUCCAUUAUCUGAAUAGACUUUUAAAACAAUUUCUGUAUAUUAUAUAUAUAUAUAUAUGAAAUGGCUUUUAUUGAACAGCUUAUCUUCCACUUGCAGGUUUAUGGAAAUAUCAGUAUGUUGAAGUAAAUAAAAAGUGGGAGGAUUCUUUGCUGUUAGAAGAAUGUGCUUAUUAUUUUGAAUGUCAUGGAAUCUAAUCAAAGUACCUCUGAAAUAUAGUGUGGUAUUUUAAUCAUUUUAGCUAGUAAUACCACUGAUUUAUCAGCAAAACAAUGUUUAUCUCUGUUUUGUGUUUAGUCUAUACACAAGUGUGUACAUAUGUUCAUACACCCAGACCUCUGUUUUUGGCUUCGUCUUUUUCAGUUCUUAGAAAGUAUUCACAUACUCCUACAAUUAGCUGCUGUACAGUGAAGAAAAAUUAAGACUUUUUAACAACUGAUUCUUUUUUUUUUUUCCCUACAAACCAUUUAUUGAAACUUAAAACUUAUUUCUAGUUUCAGAGAGUAGAUAAUUAUCUCAUAGGAGUAAGACUUGCCAGAUAGCAUGGUUGAUAAGAUUUUAGAUAGUCAAACACUACUAAUAAAAAUGUUUUUGUCAAAUUAUGAGUUCCUAAUUGACCUGGUAUUGGAUAAGCAAAAAAUGAAACUUUGUGGACUUGAGAGUAUAGCUCAGGGGUACCUUUCUGGCAUGUAUGAGGCCCUGGGUCUGAUUCCCCCAUAUUGCAAAAAAAUUAAAUUUUUUAAAAAGUAAAGCUUAGAAAGUAAUCUGUAUUUAGUUUUAGCCAAGGUAGAUUCUACUCUCAGCCUUAUUUCUUCUGAUAAACUCUUUAGUAUCAACUAGUGUGUUUAUUCAUUUUUCAAAGUUCAGAAAUGGUUUCUUAAAGUGGGUGCUACUUAAAAUCCCAGCAACUUAUCAAGACCCUGUCUCAAAAUAAAAAUGGCCUGUAAUGUAGCUCACUGAUUGAGUGCCUCUGUGUUAAAUCCCAGGACCACGUGGUGGGGAAAAUGUUUUUUUUAAAUCUAAGACUUAGUAGUAUAACGUGAUUAUUAAAAUAAGAAUCAGUUGAAGAUUAAAGCAAAAUGCCAUUUUCUCCUAAACUUUCAUUUUGUUCAUAUUGUUCACUUUCAGUUAGUAUGUACUACAUGUAUUAUACAGUGUCAUAUAUACUUUGUGUGGAUUUUAUUUUACUAGCCAACUAUCUCAAGAUCAUAUUCCACUAACCAAGUAGACCUUGGACUCUCUUGUGGCUCAGUAGUUUGUUUAGUUGUAGUAGAAUUGAUAACAAGAACUACCAUUUAUUGAGAACCUAUUAUUAUUUGCACUUACCUAACAUAACAUAGUACUAGGUCCCUAUCUAAUCGUUAAAAUUACCAUGCAAAGCAGGCAUUCAUUCUUACCUGUUUAUAAGUAAGGAAAAUGCUCCUGGCCAAGUUACUCAUUUUUCAUUGUCUCACACCUGCUAAGUGACAAGGUUCAAAUCCAGAUCUAACUAAAUUUUCAUGGUCUUUAUCAAUGUUUUUUUUUUAACUGUAGAAAAUUCAUUUUAAAAAUUGUACCUUACAAAUAAACUCUAUUUGGAUUAUUGA